AAGAUGCGGUUGAAUUGGACAACGCUGUUUGCCUAUGCGGCCUAUGUCUCCGCGCAUGGAGCCCACCAUGCUGAAGGACAGGACUCCUUCUCUCAAGAGCGACUAGAUGAGUUGGAGAAGAAGUGGGGUACAGACUGGCCUUUUUCUGGCAUCUCAACCUUUGCUCAUUUGCCAUACACACGCUGCUUGACUCAGCCCGAGACGACAUACGACAUUGCCAUUCUUGGUGCACCGUUCGAUACAGCAGUUUCAUACCGUCCGGGUGCCCGAUUUGGGCCUCGAGCUAUUCGCGCUGGCUCUUCGCGCCAGACGUCCUUUCGUGGCUUCAACCCGCGCGCCAAUCUCAACCCAUACACGUCGUGGGCAAAGAUUGUCGACUGCGGAGACAUACCCGUCACACCCUUUGACAAUGCAUUGGCGCUGAGGCAGUUGAGCGAGGCUUUUAUGGAGCUAGGAAAACGGCCAGCAACCGAGAAGAGCACACAGAGCGGAGUGCAAUACUUCAAGAAGCCGAAGCUGCUUACACUGGGUGGGGAUCACAGCAUUGCACUACCAGCGUUGAGAGCAUUGAAGGAGGUGUAUGGGGAGCCCAUCACUGUCGUACACUUUGACGCCCACCUAGACACAUGGCACCCGGCCCGCUACCCAUCGACAUGGAUCAACUCGGAGGAUCCGACGACACAAUCCUUCUUCAACCACGGUAGUAUGUUCUGGUUCGCCUCGACCGAGGGUCUGAUUGCCAAUGGCUCAAGUGUGCACGCGGGGCUAAGGACCAGACUGUCGGGCGACGACGCCACAGACUACGACGACGACACGCAACAGGGCUGGCAUCGCAUCGUCACCGACGACAUUGACGACAUAGGAGUCAAGGGAGUCAUCGCAUCCAUCAUGGACCGCGUUGGCACCGAGAGACCUGUCUAUCUCAGCAUCGACAUCGACGUGGUCGACCCCGGAAUGGCGCCAGGUACCGGCACACCGGAGCCUGGAGGUUGGUCGACGCGUGAAUUGCUUCGGAUCCUGCGAGGCAUCGAGGGCCUGAACCUAGUUGGAGCCGACAUUGUUGAAGUCAGCCCGGCAUAUGACGCAGCAGAGACGACUGGCCUUGCCGCGGCACAAAUUGAAUAUGAGGUUUUGACGAACAUGGUGCACAAAGGCCUUGUUGAGCAGGCACGGACUGGGAAACCCCAAGCCAAGGAUGAGCUGUGAUGGUUUGAUGGAGUUGCCGAGGGUAUGGGAGAGCAGCAUAGAGUUGGUUUGGCGGGCUGAUGAGGGCCAUGUCUAGUAUACCAUUUGAUGCAACAUGUAGGCGGGAUGCAGUGAAUCGAGAAGUAGAUGUAGAUGUAGAUGCAGAUGGAGAUGGA